AAACAUAUGAACACAAGAAAAGCAGGGAUGUGAAUAAACCUCAACAAAACCCUGUCCCUGCUCCCCGCUCCCCGAAGACGGCCUAUUUCCCGCUCCAAUUCCGUUAACAGCAGUGGCAUGAAGUUCGCCGUGAAGGCAUGGAGCAACGGAAGAGCACGGGCAGGUGUGCUCCACCUGGGCUGCUGCCCAACCCCCAUCGAGACUCCUUCUCUUCUCCUCUCCACCCGUAAAGGCCUGCCCCUUUUCAUCUCUCCUGACCUUCUCCCUUCCCUCCCUUCCCCUGACUCCCGUCUCCUCUAUGUCAGCCCCCUUCACUUCUUGGAAGGCCUUUCAAUCAAAACAAUAUCAAAAAUCGGAGGGCUUCACCAGCUGCUCGGUUUGCAUGAAUAUGGGUUUGUGGCUGUACCGAGGGAUUCCAUUCAAUGCCUUCCGGAAGCUAAUGGCACUAACAAACUUGGGGCGUCUUUCGAGACCCCUUGUGGUCGUCUUUUGAUUAAACCAGUAGAAUAUAUGGAAAUGAUAUCUUCCAUGAAGCCCGAGCUGUGGGCUACUUUGGCUGAUGAAGUGCCUGCCUGGGUGUCUGAUAAGAGGAACAAGACCUCAGUGGAUCGGACUAUUAAAUGGCUGGAUGAAUGCAUUGUGUCAAGCCCAGUAGGUGGAGCUGUUUUUGGAGCUAUUGUUGGAGGAUCUAGUUUAGAAGAAAGACAACGAUGUGCCCAAGAGGUAGCUAGGAGAAAUGUAUCAGGUUAUUGGGUUGGAGGGUUUGGGCUUGGGGAGAGCAUGAAUGAGCGCCCUGCUCUGCUUAAUGCUGUCAUUGAAACCUUGCCAGAGGAAAAGCCGCGGUUCAUAUGUGGGCUUGGACUACCAGAGGAAAUAUUGCAGGGUGUUGCUGCAGGUGUUGACCUUUUUGAGUCGACUUAUAUUUACCAUCUUACACUUGGAGGCUUUGCACUUACCUUUCCGCUAGACAGCAUGGAGAUAAAUGCAUCCAAUCUUGCGUCAAGUGAUGUAGGAAGCGACCUCAGAAAAAUUAAUCUGAGAGCAACAGUGUUUAGGAAAGAUACAACACCAAUUAUUGAAGGCUGUACAUGUUACACAUGCCAAAAUCAUACCCGAGCCUACAUUAAUCAUCUACUCAAUGUUCACGAAAUGUUGGCCCAAAUUCUGCUGGAAAUACAUAAUACCCACCAUUUUCUGGGGUUUUUCCGAUCAAUAAGGGAAGCAAUUAAGGCAGGCCGAUUUGAGGAAUUUCGGAAGAAAUUUGUUCAAAGUAGGUGUGAUCAUCUUGCUGUAGCUUCCCUAGAUGUGGGCUUUAGCCAGACGAGACUUGUUUGAUUAAUGAAAUGAUCUUGUGAGCAUUUGUAAACCAUCUGAUGACAUGUUUUUGAAGUAAUAUGGCAGAAUAUUUACAUCCAUUUUUGAAGUAAUAUAAAUAGCUGUUUACUUGCAAGUGAUUCGUACCAUUGAGGUGUUUUUAGAGAUGACAA